GGCUUUAUGUAGGAAUUUGCGGGCGAUGUUUAACGGUUCACUAUAAAAUCACUUGUUACUUGUAUAAUUCCUAGUAUCUAAUCUUCACCAUUUUUUUUGAUAGAAAAGUUAACAACUAUCAAACAAAAGUAACAAGUUGCCUUCAUCAACACAUGUAACAAUCUUAGCUCUAAAGAAAUUCUCUCAAAAAAAUAAAAAUCAAAAUCAAAAUUAAAAAUUUGAGCUUGGGGCACAAGGACUAAAAUUAAUUAUAGAUUUUUUUAAUAUAAAAAAAAAGUGAGUAAUAAAAUUAAAAAAUAAUUAAAAUUAAAAAAAAUAAUUAAAUAAAACCCUUGGGAAGCUGAGUCUGUUGUGGGUUAAGUUAGUGAAUUAUCUCUCUCCUCUGCUGCUGACUGAAUAGCCGUACCAUCACUUCAAUGGCGGACUCUGCUAACCACAGAAAGAGAAGGCGAUUACUUUCUCAAAAAAAGCUUCUAUUAGGUGAUCAUGUCGAGGUUAGGAGUAUAGAAGAUGGAUUCCAAGGAUCGUGGCAUGCUGGAGAAAUCAUUGGUUUUGAGGAUGGAUGGCGAGAAGUUAAAUAUCUACAUCUUCUUCAUGAUAAUGAGGUUGACUUUUUAACGGAAGCUGUGGAAGUUUCUAGUUCAAUUGACCGAACCUCCAGCACAUCAGAAAAAUGUGACCGAGGUAGGAUUAGACCAAUACCCCCCACAUUUGGUAAAUUGGUAAAAGAGAAUCUGAACUAUGGUCUUUGUGUUGAUUGUUGGUAUCACGACGCAUGGUGGGAAGGUGUGGUUUUUGACUAUAAACAUGGUUCCAGUGAAAGGAAGAUAUUCUUUCCUGAUUUAGGUGAUGAAAUAAGGAGUGAUGUUACAAACUUACGAUUAACUCAUGACUGGGAUGAGAUUUCAGGUGAAUGGAAUUGUCGAGGGAACUGGUUGUUUCUGGAGAUCAUUGAGGAGUAUGAGAGGGAUAGAUUUAUCCCUGUUUCCCUGAAGCAAAUAUGGUACGAUAUGAGAGGAAGAAAAGAAUCUGGUGACAUUGGGGAGUGGCCUUUUCCUGUGAAGGAUAAGCUGGAAGACCUGGUAGCGCAGAUCAUUGAUGAGAAUUUAAGGGUAACUAUAGAUGCAUUUCUGAAAGGGUGUAUCUCUUCUGAAGCCAUGUCAGAAUUUCGUGAACCCUUGUCUGGUGCUGUUGUUCCUUCUGUAGAUAUUAGCCUUCGAGAUGUUGAUUCGACUAAACAGAAUGAUGCUGCCUUUACAAUGAUUGGCGUAUUGUGCAAAAAUGCUGAACUGGCAAUGGAUUUACAGGAUUUUACCCCCACCAACAAUCAAGUGGUUCCUGUACAACCCAAGGCUCUGUCAAUUAUAUGUUCAGAUCAAAACGGGCUUGAUGUUAACAUGAAGCCUUCUGCAGAGUCCCAGUUUAGUAAUAAAUCUAAAACUGAUGAGAAAAAACAGCUGCGGAUAAAAAUUAAGCGAAAUUUACAGCCUGAUCACAGUGAAAUGAACAUCGAACCUGAGUGCUGCCCUCAGUCUAUGUAUGAUUAUGCUCAGCACGAAAGGCCGGGAAACAAUUUGACUACCAAAGUCAGGAGCUAUCUCAGUUUUUUGGGUUAUAGGAUGGAACAGGUUGAUAAACUGAAAUCUGUACGUUACUCCUCUCCCGGAGGAGGAAGAACGUUCUAUAAUCUUCGCCAAUGUAUCGACUAUGAGAAAAAACAGGCAGAGAAUUCCUCCCUAGCAGUGGAAGAUAUUCGGAGUAGCAGUCUGAAGUGUACUUCACCGCUUAACGUAUCUAAAACCAGUAAAAAAGGCAGUCAAAAAGGACGGAGAAAAGUGUUGAAUCUUAAUAUUGAACCUAGAUAUUGCCCAGAAGCUGUACUCAAGUAUGUGAGAUCAUUGAAGACAAAGGACCCUUUAAGCAAGGCUCGUAGUGAAUUGCAGGAUGAAGCUAGGGGGCAUUUAUCAGCUAUUGGCUGGAGCUUCUGGCCUAAACUAAAGCAAGGAGUGGAGGAGUGGCGCUAUGAUUCCCCUACUACUAAUAAAACAUAUUAUUCACUAUUGUCUGCUUGUAAGGCGAUUGUAAAUGGUAUUGAGAUGCUUAGCUCUGGUCCAAUGGUAGAUGUACAAAGUGAAAACUCCAAAGGGCACUCUGUUGAACUUUCAUUAUCUGAUAAAGAGAACCACGGGCGAACCAUUUCUCAAAGAUGGGCCAAAAAUUUUCCUCGGGCUAUCAGGAAGUAUAAGGCUGGGAAAUUUGGAGAUAAUGGGUUUGCAAAGAGACGUUCUAUCAGAAAAUUGAGGACCAGUUUCUUAUCCAAGAAAAAGAAAGCCUUGGGUAAAGUAAGGACCAGUUCGAAUAGCUGUAACCCAUCUCGGGUGCUGCGAUCAAGCAAAAGAGUACGGCAGGCAGGGACUUGUAAAUCAUCAAAGGCCCCUCGGACAGUACUUUCGUGGCUGAUGGACAAUGGUGUGGUGUUGGGAAGGGAAAAAGUCCAAUACUGUCGGCAAGGGGAUGAUAAGCCUAUAGCUGAAGGAAGAGUUACUAAUAAUGGGAUAAGCUGCAGUUGUUGCUCAAAUAUUUUUUCUCUUAGUGGCUUUGAAGCUCAUGCUGGUGGCAACUCCCUCCGACCAGCUGCGAAUAUAUAUUUUACCAAUGAUGGGAAAUCUUUGGCUGAACGUCAAUUGGAGAUGAUGAGUCAAAAAAUCAAGAACAUACCUAGGGAACCACUGGAAAGGAGUAAGGGGAAACGACAUAAAAGCUGGAAUGACCACAUCUGUUCACUUUGUCACUAUGGUGGUGAAUUACUUUUAUGUGAUCGAUGUCCAUCAUCAUUCCAUAAAGAAUGCCUUCAUUUGCAGGACAAGGACAUUCCUGAAGGUAAUUGGUUCUGUCCAUCAUGCUGCUGUGGACUUUGUGGUGAGAGCUACUUUGAUAUGAAUGCAGAAAGUUCAACUAACAAAAGCGUGCUAUCUUGUCAUCAAUGCGAGCGGCAAUAUCAUGCUCACUGUGUAAGAGAAAGAGUGGAAGAUAAAAUAGAUAAUCAUCCUACGGAAAACUGGUUUUGCUGUAAAAUGUGCGAAAAGGUGCACUGGGGUCUCCAGCAGCUUCUUGGCAAACCCAUACUUGUUGGUCAUAAUAAUUUAACAUGGACAUUGAUCAAACCCAUGAAUUACCUGGCCUAUGAGCAUGAUGAUUGUGAUGUUGCUGCCAUUACAGAAAAUUACAGCAAGCUUGGUGUCGCUCUUGAAGUGAUGCAUGAAUGUUUUGAGCCUGUGAAAGAACCUCGAACCAGGCGAGAUCUUGUUGAAGAUGUUAUCUUCUGCAGGGGGUCUCCCCUCAAUAGGCUGAACUUUAGAGGAUUCUAUACAGUGCUUCUGGAAAGAAAUGAUGAGUUGAUUACUGUGGCAAUUUUAAGGGUGUAUGGUGACAAGGUGGCGGAAAUUCCACUUAUUGGUACCCGCUUUAAGCAUCGCCGGCACGGAAUGUGUCGAAUUGUUAUGCAAGAACUUGAGAAGAACUUAAUCGAUCUAGGAGUGAAGAGGCUGGUACUUCCUGCCGCUGCAAGUGUGUUAAACACAUGGACAACGGCAUUUGGUUUUAUUCCAAUUUCCGAUGAUGAGAGACGUGAAUUUCUGAGUUACAGCUUCUUGGAUUUCCAAGACACAGUUAUGUGCCAAAAACUUUUGAGAAAGCAUCCUUCACCUCUACUCCUCAUGUCUAGGGAUGUGUCUGGUGUCCAUCAUCAAACUCCGCGCAAUGUAGAAGGAAACAGUGUUAUUGAUGAUCCUGAAGGGAACAGUCCCAUAUCUGAAGUUUCCCAAGAAGACCAACUUGAAGGAGAAUUAGCCAAUGACCAGUAUGAGGAAUCAAAUGGUGGUGAUAAUGGUCAAGACACCCCUGUUGCUAUGGUGACUGAUACAAUCAAUCUAGGAGGUGAACUAUGCAACUCCUUGGAGUUUAAGGAGCAGAAAAUCGAACGCGAUAGAUGUGAAGGAAAUUUAAAGUUUUACACAAGAAAGAAGGCUGUUGAACUAAGACCUCCAGUUCCUCAAACUAACUGCUCCAAGGUAGAAGUAAGUUGUAGAUAGUUUGGACUUCUAAAGACUGCUAGUCCUCAAAUGCUUGUGCCUAAUACAGGUUUCAGUAAAACCCCCCCAGGCAUAAUCUGGUAAGAGUCGGUAUUGUGAUGUCGGGAUUUUGCUAUAAACCCAAUUUUGUAACCUCUCUAUGUAUUAGGAUAGUUUAUCAAAGCGAAGCUGAAUCAGAGGCGUUAGGGGAACCAUUUUUUGAAUAGUUUCUUGUACAGCUUCUGUUUCUUUUUCUGACAAAAUCCAUAAGAGCUUAUUUUGGUUAAUCUUCUGUUUGUAAAAUGCUCUUAGUGGAAAUUAAUUCUAAAGUGUAAUUGGAAUGCUAUCUAUAAUAAUUAUUUAUUUGUAAU